AUGCUGCUCGGAGCGCCCAGGCUGUGCGCGUCCAGGGCGGCCGCCGCUGCGCAGAGCGAGGGCGACGGCGACAGGCUGGGCGGGGACAUGGACGAGUCGUCGCUCCUGGACCUGCUGGAGUGCUCCGUGUGCUUGGAGCGCCUGGACACGACGGCCAAGGUGCUGCCCUGCCAGCACACCUUCUGCCGCCGCUGCCUGGAGAGCAUCGUGUGCUCGCGCCACGAGCUGCGCUGCCCCGAGUGCCGCAUCCUCGUGGGCUGCGGCGUGGACGAGCUGCCCGCCAACAUCCUGCUGGUGCGCCUGCUGGACGGCAUCCGUCAGCGGCCCCGCGCCGGCGCCAGCCCUGGCAGCAGCCCGCCCGCGCGUCCUGGUCUGGGCCCCAGCCCCGGUUCGGGGGCGGCCUCGGCGCUCGCGGGUCCUGGGGGCAGCGCCUCUGGCUCCCCGGUUCUCCUCCCCGCGGCGACCAGCGCCAACGCCAGCCUGCGUGAGCUGGCAGCCAGCAGGAGCGCGCCCCCAGCAAAGAACCAGUGCCUGCUCCCGCCCCCCAAAGCCCUGCACAGCUGCGAGGGGAAGGAGCCCGGGGACCUCAGGCUCAGCGAGGGGGACGUCAUGGUCUUGCGGCACCGGGUGGACGAGCGCUGGUACCACGGCCUCCUGCCCGCCAGCCAUGUCCAGGGCAUGCGGCCCCUGCCCCAGGCCCCGCCCCAGGGCAAAGCACUCUAUGAUUUUGAGAUGAAGGACAGAGACCAGGACAAGGACUGUCUGACCUUCGGCAAGGAUGACGUCCUGACUGUGAUCAGAAGGGUUGAUGACAACUGGGCAGAGGGAAUGCUGGGAGACAAGAUCGGGGUCUUCACUCCGCUGCACGGGGAGCUCAACGAUGCCGCCAAGCAGCUGAUGGAGAUGGACAGGCUGGGCCCGGCCUCAGCGUCUGGCUGCCUCGCCUUCGUGCCCUCUGACCCCGGUGCGGAGGCCAGCGCGGCCCCGGGUCCCACUUCAGGCGGCACGGGGGCGGUCAGCGCCUUCCAGCGGCGUGUGGACAGUAAGAAGAAUGCCAAGAAGCGGCACUCCUUCACGGCGCUCAGCGUGACGCACAAGUCCACACAGGCCGCCAGCCACAGGCGCUCCAUGGAGAUCAGCGCCCCCGUGCUGAUCAGCUCCAGCGACCCACGGGCUGCGGCCAGGAUCGGGGACCUGGCGCACCUGUCCCGCAGUGCUCCCACCCAGGACGCCUCGGCCGGAUGCACCCCAGCGGCUGAACAGCAGGGCAUGGCUCCCAAAGUCCAGCUGCCCCUCAACGUGUACCUGGCGCUCUACGCCUACAAGCCCCAGAAGAGCGAUGAGCUGGAGCUGCGCAAGGGCGACACGUACCGCGUGCUGGAGAAGUGUCGGGACGGCUGGUUCAAGGGCACAGCGCUGCGGACGGGGCUCUCGGGCGUGUUCCCAGGGAACUACGUGACGCCCAUCUCCAGGGUUCCUGUAGGCGGGGCUGGGCAACCCCGGAAUAAUGCAGUCGGAGGGUCUCCGCUGGCCAAGGGGAUGGCCACAACCCUUCACCCAGGCGGUGGGAGUCUGAGUAGCCCGGCCACAGCCCUGAGGCCGGCCCUCCCCCUCACCAUGGCCCAGGCUCCGGCCCAGCACCAGGCAGUCUCACCCGCACUGAGCAGUUGUCUGCGGCACUCAGUUCAGCCGGCGGCCAGCCAAGCCCGGAGUGCCGCCCCCACCGCUGCCCACCCGGCCCAGGCGCAGGGCCGGCCCACCGCCGCGGUGUCGCCCCUGCGUGCCCAGAGCCUGCCCGCCGUCGGGUCCCCGCAGCACAGCCCCUGGCCAGCCAUCCCGCUCACGUCGGCAGCCUCGGCCGUCACUCCUCCCAACGUCAGCGCCGUCCACCUCCACGGGGAGGCCGGAGCGGGCCCUGCCAGCGGCUGGUCGGCACCCAGCCCCACCAGUGCGGGAAGUAGACCCGACGAGAGGAGAAGCGAAAGGAAAGACAAGAAGCCCGGGCUGCUGAAGCUGCUGGCCGGCGCGUCCACCAGGAAGAAGUCGCGCUCCCCGCCGUCCACCUCUCCCACCCACGACCCCCAGGCAGCGGUGGACGCCUCACUCCAGGGCGCGGUGGGGCCCGAAGUGUCCUCACUGUCCGUCCACGGCAGGGCCGGGUCCUGCCCCGUUGAGGGCGAGAUGCAGGGGGCCUUGGGGUUGGAGCCGCUGCACAGGAAGGCAGGCUCCUUGGAUCUGAGCUUCCCGUCGCCCUCCCAACAGGCCCCUCUCUCCGCGGCCACCGUCCGCCCCGAGCCCAAGCUGCUGCCCAGAGAGAGGUACCGCGUGGUGGUCUCAUACCCGCCCCAGAGCGAGGCGGAGAUCGAGCUGAAGGAAGGGGACGUGGUCUUCGUGCACAAGAAGCGUGAGGACGGCUGGUACAAGGGGACCCUGCAGAGGAACGGCCGCACCGGCCUCUUCCCCGGCAGCUUCGUGGAGAGCUUCUGA